GGGAGAGCAUCAUGCCACGCAUCUCCUUAAAUUCAAAUAAAAGACAUUACCAUUUCUCUCUCAUCAACUCCAACGCGUUCUUGCAAUUUCUCUCUCACGUAAACCCAGAAACAUGCUCUGAUUCCUGUCAACUUGUCAAAUCCCAUUACUUAAACCAGCAACUUAUUUUGAAAGCAACGGUCGACACACAGACACACUAGUAUAUACGAUGAUGAUCAGCAACUCUGCAUUUCUCAAGUGAGGAAGAUUUUUCAGAAAAACAAAAGGGGAGCAAAUAACAAUGGCGGUCUCUCCAGUGCAUGAUUCUGGAGGAACUAUUACUUGCAAGAAGCUUAAGCGGAAAAGUGCUACACCGGAGGAGUCUAAGGCUAAGCAGCGGAGUUCUAUAUGGGAGAUGAAGAGAAGGCUGGUGAAGCAGAGGCUAAUGGACCUUAGCUAUGCAGACGAGAAUGAAGAGUCAAUUACUGUGGAAACACCUCUUGUACAUAGUACACCCCAAGAGAGUCCUCCUACUAAUGAUGUUAACAGUAGUGCUGGUGUCUCAAACUCCACUAUGGAACGAGCACAAGAGGUUCAAGCAAAUCUGUCACCCAAAUCCUCCCCUAGUUUUAUAAAGCGAAUGCUCAAAUCUCAUGUAUCUGGUGGAUUCUGGUUGGGCCUACCAAAGAAAUUUUGUGCUGCACAUCUACCGGAACAGGAUGAGAUGGUAGUUCUGGUAGGUGAAAAUGAAGAUAGAUACAAUACGAGGUACUUGGUGGAGAAAACUGGUCUAAGUGGUGGAUGGAGAACCUUCUCGAUUGAACAUAAGUUGCUUGCCGAAGAUGUCUUAGUUUUUCAACUGAUUGAGCCGUGCAAGUUUAAGGUACACAUUGUGAGAAGCAGAAGCGUUACAGAUAUUGAUGGAGCUAGAACCCUUCAAAAUCUAAGUUUUCAUGCAGAGCCAACAACUGAAAAUGAUAAUUCCACCUUGAUGGUGAAAAUGGAAGAAGAAGAUGUGCUGAUUACUGAAACAGCAAGGGACAAAUGUGUGGAGCUCUAUCCUGCUAAAAACAAACAAAUCAAAGAUACAGGAGGAUCGGUUUAUCCUAGUGAAGCUGCACCCAAUCAAACUGGAGAUGACAACGAUCAUGCUAGUUCAGAGACCAUGGAUGGCAUCAAAUUCUCAGAAUCUUUUCUAAGUUUCAAAGACGUGAAGAGCUUCAAAGAUUUCAGCAUCCACGUUGAUGGCCUAAUGAUCGAUGCAGAGAUGCCUUUACAUCUCAGAAGAAAGUAUUACGAGCUCUGUCGCAGCCAAAACACGUUUCUCCAUGAGAAUCUUAUGAAGGGCCUCAACACGAAGCUAGCUGCUGGUAUGAUAUCUGAGACCUCCAACAUAGCCGAUGCUAUCAGAGCAGCCAAGCCAAGUGCGGGCGCUGCUGACCACUUGCGUAACUGGGAUACGGCUCUUAAAGCUUUCGAGGAGUUGGGCAUGGUGGUGGGAUUCCUGCGUGCCCGGAUAGAUAAGCUGCUCACUCUCUCUCGCCAAGUCGAAGAUAUAAUUGAGCAGAAGAGGUGCGAAAGAGCUGAAGCCAAAGAAGAAACGCGACGCCUCAACUUGAAGCUCUUGGAUGUCAAGAUCCAGAUACAGAAUCUUGAUGCUGAGAUUGAUGGUCUCAUAGCGAAAAACGAAGAGCAGGUCUAUGUUUUUAGAGAGGCUGCUGCUGCUCCUUGGUGAAAGGCUCUCUUAGUAUGUUGUUUGUAUGUUGUAUGUAUGUUUGCUUUAUCGUUACGAGAAUGUUUAGUCACGUUGUUUUGUGUUUCA